AUGCAGCAGAGCCUCGUUGUUUCACGUGUGCCCGUCCACGGCCACUCCCCACGGCUACACACCGGCCCCGGCUCGGGCGGCCACCCCAUGCUGGUGGUGGCGGUGGCCCUUGGUCGGCCGGCGAAUCUCGGCAAGGUCACAGCACAUGCGUACCCAAAUUCUGUCGGCCGGUUUCAAGACCAUUCUUCCGUUGUCACCCUCAAAUCCUGCCAACCACCAGAAGCUCCCACCACUAACACAGCAAACACGCAUAACAAAGCAAACAGCGCAAGGGAAGACAAGUUUUUUGAGGUCGAGAUGAGAGUCCGGGAUGAUGACCUUGACGAGUAUGGUGUCGUCAACAACGCCAUCUACGCAAGUUACAUUCAUGAUGCUCGUAACAUAAUGCUUGAAACCCUUGGGUUUAAUGUUCGUUUCUGGAUGUCCAUGGGUAACUCAAUGGCUCUAUCGGAGCUACAACUCAAGUACUUCACACCUUUAAGGAGUGGUGGCAUAUUUGUUGUCAAACUGAGGGUGGUGCAAAUCAAAGGUGUAAGAAUAAUAGUUGACCACAUGAUCGAGUCGCGACCAAAUCGUAAGCUCAUAAUGGAAGCUCGUGCGACCGCUGUUUGCCUCGACAAAAACCACCGUCCAACUCGCGUAUUCCCAGAUUUGGCUUCGAAACUACGUCAGUUCUUUUCAUGCUGAGGUGCCUGAGGAGCUAAAAGGAGGAGCAUUUUCUUAACUGGAAUUGGGGCCACCUGCUGCAUAAGGAGGUGUUGCGGUACAAUCAUGUGCUUACAUAGGGUGUGUUCCAUACAUUGUUCCGUGUAUAGUUAUAUGCAAUGGACAAACUUUAGGUAUGUAUAACAACAUAUACUAGUAUAGUAGGUACAACAUAGGAUCUCACCGGCGAAGCUCAAACACAUGUCGUGGCCGGUUUUGCGUCAAGAGACAUGAAGUG